ACACACACAUAUAUAUAUAUAUACACACAUACAGUUGAAGUCGGAAGUUUACAUACACUUAGGUUGGAAUCAUUAAAACUUGUUUUUCAACCACUCCACAAAUUAUUGUUAUCAAACUUUAGUUUUGACAAGUCGGUUAGGACAUCUACUUUGUGCAUGACACAAGUCAUUUUUCCAACAAUUGUUUACAGACAGAUUAUUUCACUUAUAAUUCACUGUAUCACAAUUCCAGUGGAUCAGAAGUGUACAUACACUAAGUUGACUGUGCCUUUAAACAGCUUGGAAAAUUACAGAAAAUUAUGUCAUGGCUUUAGAAGCUUCUGAUAGGCUAAUUGACAUAAUUCGAGUCAAUUGGAGGUGUACCUGUGGAUGUAUUUCAAGGCCUACCUUCAAACUCAGUGCCUCUUUGCUUGACAUCAUGGGAAAAUCAAAAGAAAUCAGCCAAGACCUCAGGAAAUAAAUUGUCGACCUCCACAAGUCUGGUUCAUCCUUGUGAGCAAUUUCCAAAUGCCUGAAGGUACCACCAUCUGUACAAACAAUAGUACGCAUGUAGCCAUCAUACCACUCAGGAAGGAGAUGCGUUCUGUCUCCUAGACAUGAACGUACUUUGGUGCGAAAAGUGCAAAUCAAUCCCAGAACAACAACAAAGGACCUUUUGAAGAUGCUGGAGGAAACAGGUACAAAAACAUCUAGAUCUACUGUAAAAUGAGUCCUAUAUUGACAUAACCUGAAAGGCCGCCAUAAAAGAGCCUGACUACGGUUUGCAACUGCACAUGGGGACAAAGAUCGUACUUUUUGGAGAAAUGUCCUCUGGUCUGAUGAAACAAAAAUAGAACUGUUCGGCCUUAAUGACCAUCGUUAUGUUUGGAGGAAAAAGGGGGGGGCUUGGAAGCCGAAGAACACCAUCCCAACCGUGAAGCACAGAGGUGGCAGCAUCAUGUUGUGGGGGUGCUUUGCUGCUGGAGGGACUGGUGCACUUCACAAAAUGGAUGGCAUCAUGAGGGAGGACAAUUAUGUGGAGAUAUUGAAGCAACAUCUCAAGACAUCAGUCAGGAAGGUAAAGCUUGGUCGCAAGUGGGUCUUCCAAAUGAACAAUGACCCCAAGCAUACUUCCAAAGUUGUGGCAAAAUGGCUUAAGGACAACAAAGUCAAGGUAUUGGAGUGGCCAUCACAAAGCCCUGACAUCAAUCCUAUAGAAAAUGUGUGUGCAGAACUGAAAAAGCGUGUGCGAGCAAGGAGGCCUACAAACCUGACUCAGUUACACCAGCUCUGUCAGGAGGAAUGGGCCAAAAUUCACCCAAUGUAUUGUGGGAAGCUUGUGGAAGGCUACCCGAACAUUUGACCUAAAUUAAACAAUUUAAAGGCAGUGCUUCCAAAUACUAAUUGAGUGUAUGUAAACUUCUGACCCACUGGGAAUGUGAUGACAGAAAUAAAAGCUGAAAUAAUUAAUUCUCUCUACUAUUAUUCUGACAUUUCACAUUCUUAAAAUAAAGUGGUGAUCCUAACUGACCUAAAACAUGGUAUUUUUACUAGGAUUAAAUGUCAGGAAUUGUGAAAAACUGAGUUUAAAUGUAUUUGGCUAAGGUGUAGGUAAACUUCCGACUUUAACUGUAUCUAUAUAUAUGACAAACCUGGUAAAGUACAAAAUUCUACCUGUUGCGUCACCAAAUGAUGCCCCAGCCAGCCUCACAUGUAAAUGUAAAAAAGUAUUUAGUCAAAGUGACAGUUGUAAACGCAAGCAAGUGUGACUUGAAAAAGCAUUUAAUCAAUAAGCGACAAAAAAGUCAUUCGGCGCCAAAUCAGAGAAACAGACGACAACCGAACCGUGCCUGCGUUGCAGUACCAGCCAAACAAAGGCGUGAGCACCUGUUUCUCCGGCUGAGUGACGCCGUAGCUAGCUAGCAACGAUUGCUGGUUCAUUGGCAUUGGACCGUCUCUUUACUUGAAUAGCUAGCUUGCUAAACAAGUUGGCAUAUUGCUUGCUUUGGUGUAUUGGUCGGCCCCUGGACGCGUGACAUGCCCGUGUUUGUAGAAGACCCCGCUCAGUUCUCCAAGCCGAGACUGAAGUCGGAGUUAAUAGCCCACAACGUCACCCUGCCUGCGGUGGAGAGCAAGAAGCAAGUUUAUGUGGAACUAUAUUUGAAACAUAUCGUUCAGAAAAGUGCUGCAGAUUUCUCUAGUGAUGAGGAAGAUGACGAUGUUGUUGAAGUACAGGACAGUCAGGACUUUGAAGAGGAGAAAGAUCCAGAGAUGUUAGACCCCAGUGUACUGACAGAUGAUGAGCUCAAGACCACACUACUGAAAUAUGGAGUGGAAGCUGGACCCAUUGUUGCCACCACUAGGUCUAUAUAUGAGAGGAAGUUGCAGAGGCUACUAAAACCUGCCCAGCCCAGGCAGAACGGUGGCACAGGGGAUGCAGACCAGUACUCAGACAGUGAAGGGGAGGAAGAGUCAAGUUCACAACAAGGAAGCCCAGAGCCGGUUUCAUUAAUGGAGGAAAACCUGCACGUUGACAUGCGGAUGGUACCGCACUCACGGAAUAAUAAAAACACGGAAUAUCACUAUCAUCAGUGUUUUAUGCCUUUGUCCAGAAUGGUGUCGCCACAGUCAGUGUCUCUGAGAGGCGGUUGUGAUGUUGACUCCUCUUCGUACUCUAAGAGCUUCAGCAUUACUCAGAUGGUGGAGGAGUUUGAGAGUCGGAUCCCUCUGUCCAGUAGUGGACCAGAAAUCAAGAGAGGGAAUAACAGGAGUAGUAAUCAAGGACCUUGCCCCAGGCCCUACUGGCAGGAAGCGGCGACGGUGGACAAGUAUACGAUGACUAACAGAUCCCUAUUCAUCACCCCUAAGACAUCCCUUUUCAAACGGCAAAUCAAGGAGCCAGUCACAGAUGUUCUGAUGGAGAUGUUCCCAGAGACAGAACCCACACCAACUGGCAUUGCUGCCACCCGUCGGAGGCCUAUCAAGGGUGCAGCGGGGCGACCGGUCCAGUUUAAAUACCCAGACCUCCCUGCUAGUCCCAUGACCCUACAGCGAUGGGCAGUGGAGCAUCGCCUGGUUCCUCUGUGGGUCCAGAUCCUGGUCUUCUUCAUCGUGGCCUGCCUCCUCUACCUCAUCUAUGCUGCCAUAGAGGAUAGCUUGGCCAAUCCCUUUGUGGCUUUGCUGGACAACCUCAGCAUGGAGACGAAGACUGAGGGACUGUCCCUCCAGGCUGAACCCUAGGAUAUUCCUCAGCUCGUUCUCUAGGGAGGCAUAAUUCCCCUGCUCCUCCUCGAUACUCCACACAUUGGUUUACAGUUGUGCGGAACAUCAUUUUGUUACUAUCAUUCAAAGCCUUUUAAAAAAUCUCUAUAUAUGGCUCUGGUGUCAUUCUCCUUUGGACAAUCCUGUUGGUUCGAAAAUGUUACGGUGAACCUACUGUGUGCUGUUCAAAUGCAUACAGGAUCAGUGCAAGUGCAGAAAACGAAUGACUAGGCCUACAUUUUUUAAAAUAAUAAAAAUAUGUAUGAAAUUUAACUUAAUGGAGUUUUUGUAUUUAAUAAAAUUAUGUCUCAAUGACAUUCAUGGAGUUACAGUAUAAGUUA